AUGACAGUCAGUGAUGUGGCUGUAGGAAUCAUCUUCCUGUCACAGACUGUCUUUGGAGCUCUGGGCAAUUUCCUUCUUCUCCUCCAUUACCUGAUCCUUGACUUCACUGGGUGCAGGGUAAGACACACAGACUUGAUUCUUAAGCACUUGAUUGUGGCCAACUUGCUAACCCUCCUGUGUAGGGGAGUUCCCCAGACAGGGGCAGCUUUUGGAGUGAAUGGUUUCCUCAGUGAUAUUGGAUGCAAGCUGCUGUUCUAUCUUCACAAGGUUGGCAGGGGUGUAUCCUUUGGCAGCACCUGCCUCCUGAGCAUCUACCAGGUCAUCAAGAUCAGUCCUGAGGAUUCCAGCUUUUCAGAGCUUAAAUUAAAAGCUCCCAAGUAUAUUUGUUCCUCCAUAUACCUGACCUGGAUUGUCUAUCUACUCAUAAAUAUCAGGAUUAUUGCAUUUAUGACUGGAAAAAUCAGCAAAGUUAAUGUCACAAGCCUGAUAGAUUAUGGAUACUGUUCUGGUGUUCAUCCUGACAGACCCUUACGGUCACUCUUUGCCUCAGUGGUAUCAUUCCUCGAUGCUGUGUAUGUGGGCCUCAUGCUCUGGGCCAGCAGCUCCCUGGUGCUCAUCCUGCACAGGCACAAGCAGAGAAUGCAGCAUGUUCACAAGUCUCACUUUCCCAGGUCCUCCCCUGAGUCCAGAGCCACCAAAACCAUCCUUCUCCUGCUGAGCACCUUUGUGUUGUUUUACACCCUUUCCUGUACUUUUCAUGUUUGUUUGACUCUUAUUUAUAAUCCCAACUGGUUCCUGGUGAACAUGGCUGCAAUAGUAGCUGGAUGUUUCCCAGCUGUCAGCCCCUUUCUGCUCAUGAGCAGGGACUCCAAUGCAUCCAGGCUCUGUGUCACUUGGAUAAGAAAUACAAAAUCCCUGAUAUCAGGAGAACCUGUAAACUGUAAGCUCUUGCACAAUUCUAACUUGUUUCUUCAUUCAAAAUAG